CUUCAUCUACUUCUUUUAGGACAAAAUAGGACACACAAAAAGGGAGAAUAUAACACCCCAACCUCAUAUCGUAGGCCCUAAGCCCAGUCCUCAAGCCCUGUCCAGGUCCCAGGGCAGCAGCACGCUCGCCGACGGCGCUUUUUCCUUCUCUUCCUCUGCUUCCGGCGGCCGGCGGCCGGCGACGGCUAUUCGUCUCGCCCUCUCAACUGCGGCUAACCGGUAACAGUGCAACGCCAGUCAAGCACUCUGUCUUUAGGCGGAGAAAUUUGAGUAGAACCACCGUCACAUGGAUCAUCUAGCCCCAAAGGAGGAGUAUGCUGCAUUUGAGGAGAAGGUGAGGAGGACAGUUUACAUUGACAACCUCUCGCCGCAGGUCACUGAAGCUGUUAUAAAAACUGCGCUUAAUCAGUUUGGGAGCGUCUCCAAUGUUCAGUUCAUCCCAAACUACACAAUAUCAAUGAACAUUCCGCGAUGUGCUUUGGUUGAGAUGGAGAAUUCAAAGCAGGCCAAAGCCAUAGUAUCAGAAAUGGCCAACUUUCCUUUCAUGAUGUCCGGAAUGCCACGGCCUGUGAGGGCACGUAAUGCAGAAGCAGAGAUGUUUGAUAAUCGCCCAGUAAAGCCUGGAAGGAAAAUACAUUGUCGUUGGUCGGACCCUGGGGAACCAGAUUUUCAGGUGGCAAAGAAGCUAAAGCAACUGACCAGAAAACAUGAUGCUGAAGCUUCAUUCCUGCUGAAGCGCCAACUGAAGGAAGAGGAAAAGCUUUCAAAUCAGCAGGAAGAAAGCCUUAAAGCAAAUUAUCGGAAAUUCGAGAUGGUAGAUAGUGUCCUAAUGGAUGGAACUGCUGGUCGUUUGGGGCGCCGUUAUAAUAUGAAGGUUUUAGACGAUAAAUAGGUUUCUGUUUAGUUUGUUUGUGCCUGUUGUUUAGGGGAAAACAGCAGAAUUAUUGUAGCAAGGAGACACUAUAGUAGGUUUUUUUUUUGGUCCAGCCACCUUUGGAGUUAUUUAUCUCUGCCAACAUAUCCACUAAAGCAUCCAUGGCCACAUUGUACAUUUCACAAAGACCAUGAUUCACUUUAUGCUCCAUUUGCAUUAUGCACACUAUCAUUCAAUCCA